CUUUGGUGUACCAAUGUCAUGUUACGUUUUAAACGUGUGACUCAAGUUGAAUAAAUAAUAGCUUGUUUUGCAGUUCCAAUUUCAAAUUCGAAAUGGAUUUUUAACUGUGGAACGGAAGUUGAAUAUUGCUUGCGAUCGAAAUUCUUCUUUCUUGGCCAGCCAUGGAUAAGCCACGAACAAAAAACGCUUCAGAAGGAAUUGCUCCUAUGGGCAUAACACCCCUGAAUGAUAUGGUAGCAGAACCUGAGUCCAGGUAUGAGUGUCCUGUAUGCCUAAACUGGCUUCGGGAUCCGGUGAUCACAACAUGCGGUCACAAAUUCUGCAAAAGCUGCAUAACUUCAUGGCUACAAAAUAGUGGGCACUGUCCUAUAGACAACAUAAACCUGAGUAUGAAAGUAGACAUCUUUCCGGACAACUAUACUAAAAGGGAAAUACAGGAACAGAGGAUGUCCUGUCCUUUUGCUUCUAAGGGCUGCACAGUAAAAGUGACCCCAUUAGACUUGGACGCUCACAUAGCCUCCUGCGAGCACAAUCAACCGGAGACAUCCACCCAGAAAGUACCGUGCGCCUUCCAACCUGUUGGCUGCAAGGAACAGUUUAGCAGCCGAGAGGAGGCACAAGAGCAUAUUGAUAAGGAGACUAUAACGCAUUUGAGCUACCUCGUGAACGCCUAUUCGGAGAUGAAGAUAUCCAACGACAUGUCGAAUGCCAACAUCGACCCGAAAGAGCAGGAAGCCAUGACAUUGUGGGCUGCGCCAGACAAGGACGGCGAGAGCAAGCCGCCGCCGCUCACCAACACAAGCGCGCUUAUACGUGCAUUAUACGAACGAGUAGUGGUAUUAGAACAAAGAAAUCGCGAGCAAGACAUUGUAAUAGGCAACAUGUCGAAACAGCUCUCCGCUUUGACCGUCGCCAAAGGCAAGCAGAACAACGAAAUGCUCCUACGAUACUGUAUGGGCAACUUUAUAUGGAGGAUCGACAAUUUCAAAGCGAGAUUGGACGCUAUGGUGAAUCAGUCGAAAAUGGUGUACAGUCCAGGGUUUUAUACGUCGCCUAAUGGUUACAGGUUCUGCGUCCGCCUCAACAUAUCCCCUCAGAAUCCGCUUUGCUUCGCCCUCCACGUGCACCUAGUGAAAACAGAGCAUGACGAGUGCCUCGAAUGGCCCUUCAACGGUCGCAUCACCUUCGCCAUGGUCAACCAAUACGACCCAGAGCAAACCCAACGCGAUACCAUGAUGUCUAACUCUAACCUUAUAGCAUUCCAGCGGCCGACGGCUGACAUUUGCUUACGCGGCUUCGGAUACUCUGAGUAUGCCGUGGUCAGCGACGUCGUUAGGAAUGGAUUCGUUAAGGAUGACUCGCUGGUAUUUAAAGUGCAUAUCAAGUGUGUAUGACAUGAGGAUUGACUUUUUGUUUUGUUCGUUUUUUUUUUGCUAC